AUUUACAAUACAAGAUGGCGGAAUAUGGGGGAGAUUUAGUCAAAGGUAAAAGGCAAGAAUUAUAGGUUUUAUUGCAAAGAUUAUUGCUUGAAAUUGUCGUAUGAAAUGGGUAUAGACGAUAUAAAUACAUUUUGUAAAUCUUUGUUAGAAAUUGAAAGAAAAUGUGGUUAAUUUAUUAUAAGGGUAAUUAUCGAUCUUACUGCGCAUGUCUGAUGGCAGUAACGGUUGUGUUGUGGGGGAAAUGCUGGGGAGGGGUGGUGUGGGGAGGGUUGGAAACUCUCCUAUACCUGCCAAGGUUUAUAAUGGCAAAAAUAAGUACAGUGCUCUUCCUCUGUUUUUAAAGAUUGUCAAAUGGAUAGCGAUGAUGAUGACGAUAAUUGGGAAGAGCCAAUGGGUGAUGGCCAAGACGUCAUGUGUCUGUUUUGCGAUAGUUCCUUCCAAACCACAUGUGCAUUGUGGGAACAUUGCAAAGUGACACAUCAAUUUGAUAUCACCCAUGUCAAGCAAAAAUUUAGUAAGUCCAAAUUAACAGACAGUGUUUGCUUGUUAUGUUUCUGUAAAAAAUAACCAUAAAUUUGUCCAUAAUAUACUUUUGAAAAUGAAAACGAAUUUUUUCUUCUUUCAUUUAUAAUUUUUUUACUAUAGGAUUGGAUUUUUAUGGUUACAUUAGGAUGAUCAAUUUUAUAAGGGCUGAGGUAAAAAAAAAGAAUGAAUUUAAUUGAAAAUUUUUUAUGACAUUAUUGAAGUUCAUUGUUGAAAGAUAACUCAGCCAUUAAGUUGCAUUGUGCCAUAAUUUAUUAUUUUAACCGCAGACAAUUUUACUUAUUAACCCAGUCUGAGCAUCAGUGCUCUGGGUUGAAUCUUCAUUCAACACCCCAUUUGGUAAAAUUUGAGGAAAUGUUGUAAACAGAAGAUUCUUCUAUUGUAUAUUGAUUAGAAACCAGACUGUAAGAUGCUGUUUGAAUAUACACAUUCAUUUCCAUGGCAAGAUGACAGAUAUCUUCAGCCAGUGAUGGAGAAUGACCCAUUACUGCAAUAUGGUAAAAUAUCAUACCCAAUAUUAAAUAUUGUUGUUAGUGCAGACAUUGCAUUGUAAGUUGCCGCAAAAAUUGCCUUGUGUAACAUGGCCUUAACUGAUAGAGUGAUCCAACCAUAAGCAUACAAGGGGAGUCCCAGAAAAAUAGAAAUUGGGCAAAUUGUAAAUGUAAGAAAUCAAAUAAAAAGCAAGAAAUGUGUAAAGAGAAAUAUUUUUAAGCCCUCAAAAGUUUAGCAUUGAAAAAUGUUUUUAUUUUUCUGCCCAUGGAUCCAACUCUUACAUAAUCCCCACGUUAGCCGCGAAAAUUACAGAGGAAUGGGAAAAGAUGAAAUGAAGUGACUGAUUUAUACAUAUUAAAUUAGAUAUUGAAGAUUCAGAUUCUGAGGACGACCAAAACACUACAGUUGAGAAAAGCCUGCAAAAUGGUAUUUGAUGAAUUUGUAAUUUAUCUCUAGAUUUAAAAUAAAUGAAAGGAUAUAAUAACAGUUUAAAUUUCGUCGUUUUAAAGGUAGCACAAAUCAUAAUUCUGAUGAAAUGAAUGGGAGGUUAGAAUGAAGAUUGUUGUUACUGAGAAUAGACAAUUCCCGGUUAUAGACUAAUUUUAAAACUCGGUUUGAAAGAACAUACUAAAAUUAGUAAAAUUGCAAAGUUUGGUUGCGAAAUGUUGUAAAAGGGGAAAAUAUAGCCUUGCAAAGUUUGCAAAUUUUGUAUAAUGGAUUAAUGGGCCGAAAAUGGUAGCAAUUUCCGCACGCAAUACAAAAUUUGCGAACUUUGCAAGGCUAUAUUUUCCGCAUUUUACAACAUUUCGCAACCAAACUUUGCAAUUUUACUCAUUUUAGUAUGUUCUUUCUAGCUGGGGUGAUUUAUUUGCAUCUCCUUGCCUAGUUUUAAAAUUAGUCUAUAAUGGGAAUUGUCAAUUUGAAGUCUGCAGUUUCCUUUUUUCAUUAUCAGCUGAUAACUUCAUGAAACAAAGUAGCAAGUAGGAAACAAAUAGAAGUUCCGUGUUGAAACUUAAUAUUUAAGUAGGGCAAGAGGACACAAUAUUGAACUGUUCCUUAUGUCUAUGAAAUGUUUGGAAACGUGAUGUAUGUUAAUAUGAACGUUUAGGUUACACAGAGCAAUGGAGAGAGCAAGACAAGCGGAAUCAGCAUUGCAACAAGCUUUAGCAGACCUUGAAACAAUGAGGUGAUCCCUCGUCUUUUAACCAUCGAUCUACACACGCAAAAAUUUCACAUCUUGCAGCAUUAGUCCGCCAACAAGUUGUCAGUGUUCGCACUGUUCAGUUGUGUCCCAAAUUGUCAACAAGCUAGUAUGGAACAACUUGCUAACAGUUGUAAUAAUAACCUUGUUGAUAUUAUCAGACUUGUUACAAGGUUGUUCCAACAAGUCAGAUACAGUCACGAUAUAACAAUAUUGUUACAACCUGGUUGAUAUUAUCAGACUUGCUGCAUGCAAGGUUGUUCCAACAAAUCUGAUUAUCUGAUACGGUCAUGAUAUAACAAUAUUUAUUACAACCUUGUGUCAUCAAACUUGUAACAUCCUUGUUAUGUCAUGGCUGUAUCAGACUUGUUAGAACAACCUUGUAACAAGUCUGAUCAUGCCAUCACGCUCGUUACAAGUUGUUAACAUUAACUUGUUCCAAACUUGUACUACAACUGGGAACAAGCAGUGCGAACACAACUUGUCGACAGCUUGUGAACAGAUUUGUAACAACUUGUUUGCAGACUUGUAACAACUUGUGCUUUUUUACGUGUGUGUAUAUAGUCUCACUGUUAACUCAGAAAAUAACGACCUAGCCAGUGUGGAACUUACAAUUGUAAUCGAAAUUAUAAUGUAUAUUUAGGGCUGGAGUUCACGCACUUGUCCUCGGAGCUGACCAGGAAAAGAAAGGGUAUAAAUCUGACGUCUUUAUGAAUUCUCCAGCGCAUAUAUAAGUUUCUCUUUUCCUAGUUGCAUCUUUAAUUUUCAUUGGUAGGAAUCUCCAAGGAAUUUCCAGCGACGAAAUAACAGUUGAUGAUGACGAAGAUUCGUACUUUAGUAGUUAUUCACAUUACUCUAUUCAUGAAGAAAUGUUGAAGGUUGCUAUCGUUUUAAAUGUUUACCACAUAAUACAUGAAUGUGUGAACGGAAAUAAAUGGAGGUGUGAACUAUAGAUUUUUGUUUUUAAUUUCAGGACAAAGUUCGAACGAUGAGUUAUAAAAAUUUCAUGCAUAAAAACAGACAUAUAUUCGAAGGCAAAGUGGUGUUAGAUAUUGGCUGUGGUUCAGGGAUAUUAUCAAUAUUUGCCGCGCAAGCUGGGGCUCAGAAAGUCAUCGGUAUUGAUAAAUCUUCAAUAGUUUAUCACGCCAUGGAUAUUGUUAGGUAGGUUUGGAUCUUAGAAUAUCAAUCGAAUAUUUGCCGAAAACAGGCAUACAUUAUAGCCACAAACCAUGGCUAUAUUAAGGUAUGCCAAAAACAGGCAUACAUUAUAGCCACAAACCGUGGCUAUAUUAAGGUAUGCCCAAAACAGGCAUACAUUAUAGCCACAAACCAUGGCUAUAUUAAGGUAUGCCAAAAACAGGCAUACAUUAUAGCCACAAACCGUGGCUAUAUUAAGGUAUGCCAAAAACAGGCAUACAUUAUAGCCACAAACCAUGGCUAUAAGGUAUGCCAAAAACAGGCGUACUUUAUAGCCACAAACCAUGGCUAUAAUUAAGGUAUGCCAAAAACAGGCGUACUUUAUAGCCACAAACCAUGGCUAUAAGGAGUGUCGGAAAUAGGCGUACUUCAUAGCCACAAACCAUGGCUAUAAGGAGUGCCGAAACAUGCAGGCAUGCUUUAUAGCCACAAACCGUAGCCACAAACCAUGGUUAUAAGGAGUGCCGAAAACAGGCGUACUUUAUAGCCACAAACCAUGGCUAUAACGAGUGCCGAAAAUAGGCGUACUUCAUAGCCACAAACCAUGGCUAUAACGAGUGCCGAAACAUGCAGGCAUGCUUUAUAGCCACAAACCGUGGCUAUAAGGCAUGUCGAAAAUAGGCGUACUUUGUAGCCACAAACCAUGGCUAUAAUUAAGGUAUGCCAAAAACAGGCGUACUUUAUAGCCACAAACCGUGGUUAUAAGGUAUGCCGAAAACAGGCGUACUUUAUAGCCACAAACCAUGGCUAUAAUUAAGGUAUGCCAAAAACAGGCGUACUUUAUAGCCGCAAACCGUGGCUAUAAGGUAUGCCGAAAACAGGCGUACUUUAUAGCCACAAACCGUGGCUAUCAAGUGCGCCGAAAACCAUCUUAACCUUGCUUUCCUCAUCGUCAUAUUUUGGAUACUCUAGAGAAAACAAACUUGACCAUAUUGUCACACUAAAGAGAGGAAAGGUCGAAGAGAUAGAUCUGGAUUUUAAACAGGUAGCACUUCACUAAAUGUACAGCUAAGGUUUUGUCAACUUCCUGGUAUUUCGGACGGAAAUACAUUUAGUUUUCAUUCUUAUAACUGGGACUAUCUUCCUUAUCUAGGUAGACAUCAUAAUAUCAGAGUGGAUGGUAAGUAUAUAUUGAGUUUGGUGUCUCAUUCAUUGGUGAGCGGAUUUCCCAACAGGCUACUGCUCCUUCUCCGAGAAAACGCGAAAGUCUAACCAUUUACUAAUGUCAAUGUAAAGGUAGUUCUUUCUCCUGAAUUAUUUUAAGACCUUGAGUAGAGGUCCGAUCAAGAAUUGAACCCGGCUCUCCCAGCUUGGAAGGCAAGCGUGGUGGCCACGACAGCACAAGAGCUGGUUUUGUGUUGUGUUUAUAUUGCAAGGAAAAGAUUACAACCACGUCAAUUCGUCCACUUUUGAAAACCUAGUGGUUGCGUUGAAACAAUAUAUGUAUUGAAAUAAUCUUGAACUGUCUUUGCCAGUGCAGGUAAUGCCAAUAAAAUGAAGAAGUUUUCGUUGGUGCCACUACCUGAAAAUAUAUAAGAAGAAUUUCGACGUUUCGAUCGAAGGCCCUUCGUCUGGAGUUACUCCUUAUAUAUUUUCAGUAGGUUAUACCAACGAAAGCUUGUUCAUUAUAUGUAUUGAAAGCUUUCAUGGUUAAUGUUUUAUCGUUGUAGGGAUAUUUUCUGCUGUUUGAAUCAAUGCUGGACACAGUUCUAUUUGCCAGAGACAAAUGGCUAGCUCUCGAUGGUAAAGGUAAAACGCCUUGAUUAUUUAGCCACAGCCGUUGUGUUUAUCUUUCCAAUUUACUACAGCAACAAUGAUAUUCUGUGAACGUUAUAAGAUGUAUAUUUGUUUUCAGUUUAUCCUGACAGAUGUACAAUUAGUGUGGUUGGUGUGGAGGACAAGAAGAGAAUGGAAGAGAAAAUUACUUUUUGGGAGGAUGUUUACGGUAUAUUGAUAUGUUACCGAUUUUCCUCGCUCCUCUCGUCUCUGCGAUGCCUACCGUAUCACAUUUAUUGAUCUCUUCAUUUCAUAAUGUCUCUGACCAUCCAUCCACUACACACGUAAAAACACACAAGUUGCAACAAACCUGCAGCAGACUUGUAGCAAUGCUGUUCCAACAACUUGUCAACAGGAUGUGUUCGCACUGCUUGUUGACAGGUUGUCAAUGGCUUGUUGACAACUUGCUGCAAGGUUGUUGAGCUCAACAGACUUGUUACACGUUGUUCCAACAACUUGUUAUCGACAAUUCAACAAUUUGUCAACAAGUUGUGAGUGACAACCUUGUAGCAACUUGAUAAAUAAGCUUGCUACAAGCCUGUUGCAAACACAUCUUGUUGACAAGUUGUGAGAUUUUUACAUGUGUACACACGUAAAAACGCACAGGUUGUAACAAACCUGCAGCAGACUUGUAGCAAUGCUGUUCCAACAACUUGUCAACAGGAUGUGUUCGCACUGCUUGUUCCCAGCUUGUUAACAACUUGCUACAAGGUUGUUGAGCUUGACAGAUUUGUUAUACAAGUUGUUCCAACAAUUUGGUAUCGUCCUGCAAUUCGACAACUUAUCAAGAAGUUGUGAGUGACAACCUUGUAGCGACUUAAUAAAACAACAGCAUUGUUACAAUUUGCUACAAGCCUGCAACAGCUUGCUACAAGCCUGUUGCGAACACAGAAUGUUGGAACAGCAUUGUCCCAACUUGUUAACAAGCUUGCUACAAGCCUGUUGAGAACAUAUCUUGUUGACAAGUUAUUUGAACAGCAUUGUCACAACUUGCUAACAAGCUUGCCACAAGCCUGUUGCGAACAUAUCUUGUUGUCAGAAUGUUGGAACAGCAUUAUCACAACUUGUUAACAAGCUUGCUACAAGCCUGUUGCGAACAUAUCUUGUUGACAGAAUGUUGGAACAGCAUUGUCACAACUUGUUAACAAGCUUGCCACAAGCGUGUUGCGAACAUAUCUUGUUGACAGAAUGUUGGAACAGCAUUGUCACAACUUGUUAACAAGCUUGCUACAAGCCUGUUGAGAACAUAUCUUGUUGACAAGUUAUUUGAACAGCAUUGUCACAACUUGUUAACAAGCUUGCUACAAGCCUGUUGCGAGCAUAUCUUGUUGACAGAAUGUUGGAACAGCAUUGUCACAACUUGUUAACAAGCUUGCUACAAGCCUGUUGAGAACAUAUCUUGUUGACAGAAUGUUGGAACAGCAUUGUCACAACUUGUCAACAAGCUUGCUACAAGCCUGUUGAGAACAUAUCUUGUUGACAAGUUAUUUGAACAGCAUUGUCACAACUUGUUAACAAGCUUGCUACAAGCCUGUUGCGAGCAUAUCUUGUUGACAGAAUGUUGGAACAGCAUUGUCACAACUUGUUAACAAGCUUGCUACAAGCCUGUUGAGAACAUAUCUUGUUGACAAGUUAUUUGAACAGCAUUGUCACAACUUGUUAACAAGCUUGCUACAAGCCUGUUGAGAACAUAUCUUGUUGACAGAAUGUUGGAACAGCAUUAUCACAACUUGUUAACAAGUUUGUUGACAAGUUGCGAGAUUUUUGCGUGUGUAGUCCGCAGCUUUCUGGUGUUAUUGUGACUAGCGACGCUAGCUCAGAUCGUCCCAGUUGCCAUUAAGAAACUCUGCUGUAACCAUUUCAUAUGCUAUGCAUUUUUAGGAGUAAAGAUGUCUUGUAUGAAGAACUUAGUGUUGUCGGAACCUGUGGUAGACAUAGUUAACCCAGAAACUACACUGACCAGCAACUGUGUUAUAAAAGUUAGUACAUGUUAGACUUGAAUGUAGAACGUCACACGUCUGCCAACAAGCCGUCAACAACUUCGCGCGCUGCUUGUUCCAAGUUGACAACAAGUAUGGAACUUUAAAGUUGUAACAACCUUGUUGAUAUUAUCAGACUUGUUACAAGGUUGUUUCAAGAAGUCCGAUACAGUCACGAUAUAACAAUACUGUUACAACCUUGUGUCGUCAACCUUGUAACAUUCUUGUUAUAUCAUGACUGUAUCAGACUUGUUAGAACAACCUUUUAACAAGCCUGAUGCCAUCAAGCUUGUUACAAGUUGUUAACAGCUUGUUCCAAACUUGUUACAAUACCUAUGAACAAGCAGUGCGAACACAACUUGUCGACAGCUUGUGAACAGAUUUGCAACAACUUGUUUGCAGACCUAUAACAACUUGUGCGUUUUUGCGUCUGCACUCCUUGAGUUCAAAGCCCACAGUAUCUACAGUAUAAGUAAUCAAUCGAAUAUGAUCUAUUCAGGAAAUCAAUGUAAACAAAGUCAAAACAGAAGAGUUGGAUUUUAAAAGUGAUUUUCAACUGCAAGCCUUGCGAGGUGGCUCACUUAAUGUAAGUGGAGUUUAUUCUAUACAGACACACUCAAUUUGCAUCAUCACUUUCAGCACCUGGUCAGUGUGUGAAUUUCUGAUUUAGAAUUGAAUUUUAAAAUUUGAUAGAUAAUUGUUGGUUACUUUGACAUAAUCUUUGAAGAGAGUUGCACAGAGAAGGUAUGUAGCCAUUAUAGAGCUAUGUUGGUGACUCGUUACAACACUGCUAUAGAGGUCCUUCAACAUUUUAGCUGUAUCGAGUGGGAAGCUCAAAACCCUGGGGCCGGUUGUACGAAGGCCGAUAGCGCUAUCCACCGCAUAGUGAUUUUUUCAAGCUUUGUUAAAUCAGUCGUUGAUUGGUAUAACUCGUAUUAAAGUUUAGUAUUUAUAAGGGACUGGUCAUAAUUUAGCAGGGGGGGGGAGGUGUAAUUCAAAAUUUUAGGGAAUAAUAUUUUGUCACCCUGCUUUGCCAUAACCCGGAAAAAUAACCCCUCUCUCUCUUGCUCGUGUCAGUAAAAAUGUACCUACCUACUACUAAACUCCACAUUCAAUAAAUUUUCUAAUUGUGCUUUACAUUAAAUACUAAAAUUUACAUUAUACCAACACAUAGUCAUAUAUAAAGCCUAGCUUUAUCAAGCCUAGCUUCUUGAUCGUCCUCUGACGUUGACUCACGAUCUCUUGAAGAACAUUGAAUGUCAUUAAAUUUAAUUGAACACAGUGAUUUACAUAACUUUUCAUUUUAAGUUUAAAGAAUCAAUUUUAUUCAAUACAACUCGAACAAAAUGUGAGAAGGCAUGUAUAAAACAAUUAAUUGAACUAAAACCCCCCCCCCCCCCCCCGCCUUCAUAAACUGUCUAAUAUUUUAUGAACCACCCCCCCCUUUUUCCUGGCUAGAAAAUAUGUUACCCCCCACUGUUUCCACCUCUCCACCCCUCCUGGUAAAUUAUGACCAGUCCCUAAGUUAAAUGUUUUUAUACUUCUUGACUGCUCUUGUGUCCUCUAUAUCCGUAGUUUAACAGUUUUUCAAGUAUUUUUACAAAGGUUGAAAAAAAUCACUAUCUGGUGGAUAGCGCUAUCGGCCUUCGUAAAACCGAACCCUGAUACCCAACUUUCAAGGUUUGUUUCGAGUGAUCUUGAAGUAUUCUUUUGUCGUUGUAGAUAUCAUUUAGUACACAUCCUGCAAGUACGUCAACUCAUUGGAAACAAACUUUGUUUUACUUAGAGAGUCCUUUGUCCUUACAAAAAGGUAAAAGAAAGUAAUUCGCAGUUUCGCUCAAGCGGCUGCACAUGCGUAAAAAUCUCACGGCUUGUCAACAAGACGUGUUCGCACUACUUGUUCCCAGUUGUUGACAAGUCUGGAACAAGUUGUCAUCAUCUUGUAACAAGGGUGAUGAGGCCAACAGACUGCUGGCAACAAACUUGUUCCAACAAGUUUGACAUCGUCUGCACGUAACAAGUUGAUGACAACAAACUCGUAGCAACUUCUUACGCAGUGGCGUAACGUUAUAUCAGGGGGCCCCCGGUUCAAAAUUUUCGAAGGCCCCCCUACUAGAAGUGCCAAAGGCACGAGUUGAGCGCCGUAUAUGCACGAGUUUUCUAGGGGGUCCAGGGCAUGCUCACGCGAAUAUUUUUGAAUCUAGAGUCUCUGAAAUGCCAUUUCCUGGACUCAGUUGGCCAGGAGAGAUUUUACAGAAUUGUGAAGGUCAGAAAACGACAUUGUAACAUAUCAGAGGCCUCCCUAGCCAAUGUUUUUGCUCUACAGCCUGAGGGCCCCCAUUCGGCCCAUUGGGGUUGGGGGCCCUCGGGUUCGCCCGGUCUGAACCCAUAGUAGUUAACGCCACUGUUGUUACGAACAACCUGUAUUAGUCUUGUUGGAACAACUUGUAGCAAGUCUGUGACCGUCAUCAACCUUGUAACAAGGUGAUAACAACUUGUUCCAGACUUGUCACAACAACUGCGAAGAAGCGGUGCGGACACAUGCUGAUAUCGGCUUGACAACAAUCUUGUUACAACUUGUUUGCAGACCUGUAACAACUUGCGUGUUUUUACGUCUGUAGAGUAGGCCAGUUCCGUGGGAUGUUCCGUGGGCUGUCAGGUUUACAUGGAGCCUGCAAACCACAGAAUAAAGAUCAGUAACAGAAGGGCCACUCAGCGGUGCAACUAUGCAAAAAUAUGCAGUUUACUGGCCAGAAGGCGGAGCAGCCAGCCAGUACAGCGUGUUUAUUGGCCAGAAAAUGACAUUGACUAACUGGCUAGGAAAAUGGCGGCAAACAUGCGUAAUGUGACAUGCGCGAGGACAGAAACUUCUCAAAGCUUCCGACGUAAGUGGCCCUUCUAUAUGGAUCUUUAUUCUAUGCUGCAAACCCCGUCAAAAUACCACCCUAGAAUCAUCAGGCGGCAGUGAAAAUGGGCAUGACGACGGUGGGAUAUACUGCAGACGUUUGAGAUUUUCUUCUAUUUUAACAGAUACGCAGGAAACAGCAUUACAAGUUAAAGUAUAAUAUGCUAAUAUCUUCAUUUUUUCUAUUCCAGGUGAUAUAAUUAACGGUUCUCUUCAAUGUAAAAAGAACAAGAAGGAUGCUCGUAGUCUGGACAUCGUACUAGAAAUACGGGAUAACAUUUCUACCCAAGUUAUGACUAAUAAAUAUACUUUACAAUAAAUGUCGAGGGUGGCUAGGAAACAUUGUCUUGUUUCCACAAAAACGUUGUCUAGUUUUGCGAUCGUGGCUAAAGGGGAUGGACUAGAGGCAGAUUUUCAAGAUGGCCGCCAGUUUUUAAGAUCAUUAAAACGUAAAAGAAUCAACAACCAGCCACUUGCAACAAUACUAAACCUUACCUUCACCCCACAUCUAAUCCUAACCCCCACACUAACCCUAAUACUAACGCAAACUCUUAUUUCAAUUUUGGAACCAUCUCGUAAACUACCUCUCGUCCAUUCCUUUUAGACAUUACCCUAGUUUUGCCUUAGACAACUCAGGCAAUCGCGGCCACGUCCUUACUUUUAGCCUGCGUGAAACUGGUCAGCCUGUUGAGUGCCUUCUCUCCAUAACUCUUCCACCAUAAUAUGUAAGUCUUUUCCGCCGAAGUGGAAGCACGAUAAUAGAACGCUUUCGCUUUGACCAAAUCCUUCGGAAUUCCCCGGCCGUUCUCGUGCAUCUUCGCGAUACGAUAAAGUCCGAUCGUGUAAUCGUGAUGUUUCGCCACAUCACGCGAGUAUCCUUUCAUCGCCUGUCUGUAAUACUGAUCAGCGGUCUUCGGGUCUCCCAGUUCUUCGUAUAAUUUCCCUAAUUGGUACUGGCUUUCAGAGAACACGUGGACGCUCUCAAGGAGUGCCCUAGCACGUGGCACGUCUUUGACCACGCCCUUGCCGCGGACAUAAAGCUUGCCAAGCUCUAAACAAGCAUUCGGGAACUUUCGGUUGGCCGAUUCGGUGAAAUAUCCAAUCGCUUUGCCAAGAUCCGUUGAAACGUCACCCAUACCGUAUCGGUAAAUUCUCCCCAAGAUGCACAACGCGCGACUAUUGCUGCGCCCGUUAUCAGUGUAAUCUACGGUGACAGCGGCACGCUCCAGACACUCGAUAGCCUUAUUGAGAUCGGUUUCUAUAACUUCUCCGUACAAGUACUGGUGAGCGAUAUUGAGCCAGCCUUCAGCGCUACCCUGGUCAGCGGCUUCUUUAAAGUAGCGAUACGCUUUCGCUUCAAAUUUCUCAUUUCCAACCAGGCCCGAAGAUUUCAUUAGGAAUCGUUUUCCAAGUUCAAUCUGAGCCAUCAGAUGGCCGUGGUCAGCGGCUACGGUCAGGUACUUGAUGGCAAGCUGUUCAUUUGGCACUAACAUCUUGCCUACGCCAUUCAUAUAAAGUUUUCCAACCGAAUACGACGCGUCGUCGUUCCCCUGGUCAGCGGCACGUGUGAAUAGCUCAAUGAUGUCAUCGUAGUUUUCCUUGCUUGGUUCUAGAAAAAGCGUCAGAAAGGCGAGGUUACUCAGCAACUCUGCGAUAGCACUCUCCUCAGUCUCCGUCGCGAGCUUGCGCUCGAUUUGUGUUCGUUUCGUUUUCAAAAACCCCAACGCUGCUUUUUCUUGAUUACACAACAAUCGAAGACGGACCACCCCUUGUUUAUGCCCCUGCAAUGCGGCCCGGAGUAAAAGGCUGGCACGGGAUUCGACCCCUACGAAUUUCGUCUCCGAGUCACCAUCUCCGGGGGACAACCGCUGAACAGCGUGUUCGGCUAACACAAAACCAUAUUCCGAGGAUUUCCGAUACCAUUUGACAGCCUCUUUACGAUCUUUUGAACAGGACCCAAAACCAUUCUCGAAAGCCAGCCCAAUAUAAUAGGCACCGAACGCGUCACCUUGCUCGGCUUUCUCACGGUAAUAGCCCACAGCCUUCUCGUACAGCGGUUCUAACAUGUGUCGGAAAGUGUCGUCGCGUAGACUGUCGUCGGACAUUAACGAACUCGAGGAACUUUCGGAGCCUCGCUUCGACGAAAAGUUCAAGUCCAACAAUGGGACAUGUUCCUUAUUCCGACCGGAACUUGAUGCCUUUUUGGCUUGUUUUUCGGACUCAAACGUAAACUCCUCGAUAAAGUUGCCAUUGACAACCGUGUGCCCGGUCGGGGACUGUUCUUCCGGGAUGACGGUAUCGUAUAGCGGCCUCGAUCUGUGUUGACCCAUUGGAAGGCCACAAAGCUUUGCAAUCUAAA